AUGGAGAGUUUAGAAGAUGAUAAGAUCUCUAAAAUGAGAUUAAGUUUGAACGAUUUCUAUUCAGGUGAUAAUCAAAAAGUGCUACAAGCAACCAAACACAUUAGAACUAUCUCAUCAACAGAAUCAUUAGAACAUAUGCAAUUAAUCAUUGACUAUGGAUUGAUAGCCAGACUUUUAGAAAUCGUUCAGAUUGGAAUUGAUGAAAUCAAAUUUGAAAGUGCAUGGGCAUUAACAAAUAUUGCUGCUGGCUCAACUGAACAGACAACAGCUGCUGUUGAACAAGGAUGUAUACCAAUAUUUAUAGAGUUAUUGAAAUCGCCAAAUAUUAACUUGGCAGAGCAAGCAUUAUGGUGUCUUGGAAACAUAUCUGCAGAAAAUAUUGAAAUGCGAGAUUUGGUUAUUUCCGAAAACACAAUAGAUAGAAUAGUUGAAAAGUAUCUUCCAUUCAUAUCUAUUGGUCUAAGCGAUAAUGAUCAAGAAGUAUUGAUUGAUUCAAUGUGUACUUUAAUGCAUCUCUCUGAUGAAGCAAACGAUUGGAUUUUCGAGCAUUUCAUCGAUUUAAAAGUAAUACCAAGAAUAGUGAAAUACUUGGAUUCAAGCUAUUUAAAUUCAAUUGUACUACCAGCCAUCAAAAUAAUUGGAAAUAUGGUAUCAUCAGAUGAUGAAAAGGUAACACAACAUGUAUUGGACAGUGAUGUAGUUCCACACUUAAAGUCUAUCAUUAAUCAUAAGAAAACAAGCAUUAGAAAAUAUGUUUUCUUUUCGAUAUCCAACAUUUCAGCUGGUACAAAAACACAAGUUGAUACACUCAUUCAAUCCGAUAUUUUGAAAUUAGUUAUUAAUCACGUUGAAUCAGCUUCAGCAGUCAAAACAAAUGAGGUUACCGACAUUUAUGCACUGAAAGAGAUAUUAAAAAUUGAAGAAGGUACCCUCAGGCAGGAACAAUACACAGAGAUUCUCAGAGAUGCAUACAUUCUACAGCAAAAAUCUGAGAAACAGGACAGAGAUAUAAAUUUACUUUCUUAA